GUUCAACCACAUCGACUCAUAUGAAGUUUCCCAUGUAUAACAACAUAACCUUAAUUCUAAAAUUCAUAAUAAAACAUAGAAAUGAGCAGAAACAAAGAAUUACUUUCGAAAAUUGGUCUGCGUUUAGAUGGCCGACGAGCUAAUGAACUUAGAAGAAUACGUUGUAAGUUAGGAGUAUUUACAAAACCCGACGGAAGUGCUUACAUUGAACAAGGUUUAACGAAAGUGUUAGCUGCUGUGUAUGGACCUCAUGAAGUGAAAGGUGGAAGGUCUAAAGCACAACAUGAUAAUGCUGUUAUAAAUUGUCAAUUCAGUAUGGCUGUAUUUUCUACAACAGAUCGUAAAAAAAGACCUAGAGGAGAUAGGAAAUCAACAGAAUUAUCUAUGCAUUUGCAACAAACAUUGGAAGCUGCCAUAAAAAGUGAAUUGUAUCCUUUUUGUCAGAUAGAUGUAUAUGUAGAGGUUCUUCAUGCAGAUGGGGGGAUAUACCCAGCAUGUGUAAAUGCUGCUACCUUAGCUUUAAUAGAUGCUGGGAUUCCACUGAAGGAGUAUGUAUGUGCCUGCACAGCAAGUCUAGCAAAUAAUGAUGUACCUAUGCUGGACAUCUCUCAUCAAGAAGAAAUAAUGGGUGGGCCAACAUUAACAGUAGCAGCACUUCCAAUGUCUGGAAAAAUAGUUCUAAUGGAGAUGUCUCAGAGGUUCCAUUUAGAUCAUUUUGAUAAAGUUUUAAGUAAAGCAUUACAAGGUUGUAAAGAUAUCAAAGAUAUUUUAGAUGCUGCAGUUAAACUACAUAUAAGAGACAUGGGGAGUUCUACUGGAUGGGCAAGUACUAAUCAAUGAGGAUUAACUUUUAUCAAAUAUAAAAAAAUGAUAAAUUUUCUUCUGGAAAAAAAAUUUAUUGUGAUUUAAAAGUGAGCAGAUAUUGUCAUUAGUAACACCAAAUAUUAAUAAGACAAUUAAUUAUUCAAUAUUUAUAUUUAAAAAAAAAUAAUUCAGUUACUUAUAUAAUUUCAUCUUUUUGACAAUGAAAUAUAGAUAUAUUUGUACGUAAGGACAAUCCGAUAUAUUAAUGCACUUUUCUCUAUGACACGAUGUGGCAGACAACCAGUUUAUACAUGGUGGUUAUGUAUAAGAGAAAGAGGAGCUUAAAGUGACUUUUCUUGUGUUGUUCAAUGUUAGAGCUAAUUGCCUCCAUAAUUAUCUGAAUGGGAUUAUUGAUUGAACAUUAUUUAAUAGAUUUGUUUAACCAAAUCAAUUUUUUUAAUACUUACUAUAAGUUAACCUAUAGCUAAAUAUUAAGACUAUUAACGUUUUUGCCAAACUAUAGUUAUUUCAAGUGGAAACUAUAUACAAUAUAUUGUUUUUUCAAAUAUAAAAUUAUAUAUGUGUUUCUAUUUAAUUUCGACUCCUCCCCUACUUAAGUGAGAUGUGAUUGGACCUGCCUCACCUUUUGAUAAGAUUUAUGUUAGUUGUUUGAGGACUAAUUUUUUUCAUAAAUCUGGUAAACAAUAAAAGGUUUAGGUACAGGAUAAUGAAAUUAUCUUGAUUUAAUAAAAUUAACAGCAAAAAAUAAAUUGAAGCAUUACCAGAGUUGUUAAAGUACUAAGAAAGAGUACUCCCAGUAACCAGUACUAAUAGCCUUAAAAAUGAUUUUUUCCCUAG